AUGGAAAAUUACUUCAAGCGCGACAUUGAUAGAAUCAAAGAGAAGUUCCAAAAAAGUCGUAUAUUCAAAAUGAACGGAAAAUAUGCCGACCUCCCAUUGUUCAAGGGGAUCCAUUACAACGUAUCUCGGCAAUGUAUGAAGUUGUUGAUUAUAGAAGUCGAGUUGAUUGAUAAGUGGAAAACCAAGGCGGAUGAGGUGUGUGUAUGUAACAUGAAGAAGUCUAUGGGACUCCCUUGUCGCCAUAUGAUAAUCAAUUACGAGCAUGGCGUAAUCCCUUUAAGAGACAUUGAUCCAUUUUGGAAGCAUCUAAGUUUCAUCCCUCCUCCAAAGGAAGAAGAAGCCGAAGAAGAGUUUGGUGAUAAUGAAAUGGGUAGAACCGUACUAGAGAUGUAUCGUGGCAUGAAAAAUCUCCAAAAACAAAUUUUUUGGGAUGACAUGAGGAAAAUCAUAUAUCCACAAACACAAGAGAAUGUCUAUGAACCGGGAAAAGGCAAACCAAAAGGUAGACCAAGCAAAAAAGAAACUAGAAAGCAACUACGAGAAUAUGCAAAGGUGUUACGCAAGAAGAAAAGUGAGAAAAACGAAAAUACUAGAGAUCCUUGUGGCCAUGAAUAUACCGCGGAAAUGUACUUGGAGAAAACCAAGAAAUGGGGUAGGAGUAUUGAGGAGAAAGGGGAAACAAGUGCCAAGCGCAAUAAUGGGUGUGCAAUCACUCAUAUAAGGCAAAAGUUGUUAUCCAAACUAAAGGAGAAUCCGGCUUUUUACAAGACAAUAUUGUGCGAUGGAGAGGGUAGUCUCAAUGAGCAAUUUGUUAGGUAUCAACUUCGUCUUCAUGGGGCGCAUCCGAUGACAUCGGAUUAUUGGAUAAGCAUGCCUAUAUGUGGACACUUAAUCGCCGAGGGAUUCAAUUGUAUGGUUCAUUACUUCUCAAAACAUGCAAGUUUCACCUUCACCCCGAAAACAACCGUAUGUGUCGAGAAAAUCAAACGAAGGAGAUGUGUGAUGGCAUUGAUCAACAACAACCACUUUAUAGGGCUCCGGUUAAAACCCGAUUGUCCAUUGCCUCCAAUAUGUGGAACCUCAUAUUGGCCCGCAUUUAAUCCGGAUAGAAUGUUGGGUUGGUGUAUCAUGUAUGAGCCUAACAUGGAGAUGUGGCGUGCUUUGAAGAAGUCGGAAGAAAUUGUACAUGAAGGUCAAAUAUCACUUGAGGAUGAUUAA